GCAUCUCGCGGCCGGAGAGCCCUCAAUCACGACUCAGGUGCGGCGUCGUCCUAUAAACACCGAGCCGCCGCCGCCAUCCCGUCGUCUUCCUCCCCAAAACCCUACUCGAUUCCGGAAUUAGGGUUCGUCGCCGCCCUUGCCCCUGCCUAUGCGGGCGUGAGCUCAGAAAAUAUAUAAUGGGUAAGUCGAGCAAGAAGUCUUCGGUUCAGGUUUUACCUGCCACUGUCUCAACCCAAGAUGGAAAAUCUGGAAAGAAAGGCAAGAGAAAUGCGGAAGAUGACAUUGAGAAGGCUGUCAGUGCCAAGAAGCAAAAAACUGCAGCUGAGAAGGUUGUGCCUGUCAAGAAUGAUGCCAGUAAAGUUAAGAAGCAGCUCCCUCCAAAGAAGGUCGAAACCAGCAGCUCUGAUGAUGAUUCUUCAGAAUCUGAGGAGGAGGUGAUGGUCCAACCUCAUAAGGCUGCAAAAAUUGUUAAGCAGGAGUCCAGCUCCGAAAGCAGCGACGAGAGCAGCUCUGAUGAGGAACCUGCAAAAAGGCCUGCUGUACUUGCUAGCAAUGGUUCAAAGAAGGACGAGUCCGGCAGCAGCACCUCUGACAACAGCUCUGAUGAGGAUGAUGAAAAGCAAGCUACUCAAAUGAAGAAUUCCUCAGCUGCUAUUGUACAAAAGAAAAAACAAGGAUCGGACAGCUCUGAUAGCGAUCCUGAUGAUGAAUCAGGUGAUUCUGGUGAUGAAUUAGGUGAUUCCAUUGAUAAAUCAGGUGAUUCUGAUGAUGAAUCAGAUGAGGAUAUGCCCACUGCAGUGCCUGUCGCCAAGAAAAUGGAAGAAUCCAGUGGAAGUUCUGAUUCUGAAAGUGACUCUGACGAUGAGAAGCCAGAUACUCAAGUGAAGAAUUCUUCAGUUGUGGCGGUACAAAAGAAAAAACAUCAAUCGGACAGCUCUGGUAGUGAUUCUGAUGAUGAAUCAGAUGAGGAUAUGCCCGCUAAAGCGCCAGUAGUAGCCAUAAGAAGGGAAGAAUCCAGUGAAAGCUCUGAUUCUGAAAGCGACUCUGGCUCUGAGGAUAUACCAAGUCAACCUUUGAAGGCUUCUGCUGCUAAAAAGAGCGAAGAAUCUAGUGAUAGCUCAGAUUCGGAUUCUGAAGAAGUUAGCUCAGAUUCGGAGUCUGAAGAAGAUACCACUGCUAUAACAGUUCAAUCAUCCAAGGUAGCAGUAGCAGUUUCUAAAAAGAAAGAUGAAUCUAGUGAUAGCUCAGAUGCUGACUCAGAUUCUGAGUCUGACGAACCAGCAAAAUCUACCAUCCCUGCCAAGAGACCUCUGACAGGGGAGAAAAACAAAGGAGAUUCCAAGGAUGAUUCUGAUGAUACUUCUGAUGAAAGUGAUGAAGAGCCUCCACCAAAGAAGCUUAAGGAUUCUUCAACUUCUGGUACUGCCAAGCCAGUCUCCAAGGUUGCCAAGAAAGAAAGCAGUAGUGAUGAUGACAGUUCUAAAGAAAGCUCUGAUAGUGACGAGGAAAGUGAUGAAUUGGCAUCUAAGAAAAAAUCGGCACAGAAUGAUCAAAAAACUCCUGCCAGCAGUAGUGAAGCUACUACUGGGUCCAAGACCCUUUUUGUCGGAAAUUUGUCAUACAGUGUGGGCAUUGAACAAGUUAAAGAAUUUUUUCAGGAGGUGGCAGAAGUUGUUGAUGUUCGUUUUGCUACCUUCGAAGAUGGGAGCUCCAAAGGCUUUGCACAUGUUGAAUUUGCUACAACUGAAGCUGUUCACAAGGCUCGCGAAUUGAAUGGUCAUGAUUUGAUGGGCCGGCCCGUGAGGCUUGAUCUAGCUCGUGAGCGAGGCGCGUAUACUCCUGGCAGCGGGAGGGACAAUAGUUCUUUCAAGAAGCCUGGUCAAAGCUCUAGCAAUACUGCCUUUAUUCGAGGCUUCGAUGCAUCUCUUGGGGAGGAUCAGAUCCGAAGUUCACUUCAAAAACAUUUUGGCUCGUGUGGAGAGAUAACAAGAGUUUCAAUUCCAAAGGAUUAUGAAACUGGUGCAAGCAAAGGAAUAGCUUACAUGGAAUUUAGUGAUCAGAGUUCCUUAUCCAAAGCUUUCGAGCUGAGCGGAUCUGACCUUGGUGGCUUCAGCUUGUAUGUUGAUGAAGCGAGGCCUAAACAAGACAACAGAGAUGGCGUCCCUAGUGGUGGCAGACGCAGCGGUGACAGUGAAAGAGGUAGAGGAAGAGGAAGAAGAGGUCGUGGCCGUGACGGAGGGGAUAGUGGCCGCAGUGGACGUGGCAGAUUUGGCCGGGGUGACAGGGGCCGGGGCGACAGAGGUCGGGGUGACAGAGGCCGUGGUGGUCGGGGUGGUACACCUUUCAGGCAGAGUGCUGGUACCCCUAGUGCAGGAAAGAAGAUCACUUUCAGUGAUGACUGAGCUUUUGAGUUGAAAUUUGAUCUAGAAGCUGCAGAAGAGUCCCUUCUUCCAUCGAAUGCGAGCAAUUCCUUUUUGGUGCCUCGAGACUGUUCGGGCAUGUUAUUAUAGCAUCUUAUUGAAGACCAGGUUUAUAGUAUCUCAAUUGGAGACCAUGUUGGUAUCUCUGCCAGACAAUUUCGGCUGUUUUAGUUUUAUACUUGAUGAUGUGGUGAUUUCAGUGAUAUACAUUGCAUCGUUGGUUCCUCACGGUACUAGUCAAAUAUUUUUCUGUUUGA